UCCGUCCCCUGCAGUAAUACCGAAACAGCUCUGCAAGUGCUGAGAAAUAAUUCCCAGCGUUCUUCAUAACCACCUGACCCACAAGCUGGGAGCAAAUACGCUCGCGCUGCAGGCUGACCCCAUGAUCAGAAGAUGGAAUUUCCAUCUGUUAGAAAGAAAACCUUUUUUCCACUAAAAGAUACAGGACCUUUUCUUUUCAAAGGGAAGACUUACCCUCUCCUUCAGUCUCGUGAGCUACCAAAAAUUGCUUUGUCUCCUGUAGCUGGUGUGUGUGAUGAGGAUGUUUCGCCUUCGAUUUCUUCCCGUUGCAGCAGGGCUGUCUGCUGUUCUGCGGCGUUACCAUGGGACAGCACAUCACCCCAGGACCAGGCGUAGGCUCAUGGUGGCGGCUUUCAUAGGGACAACUGCAGCCACAGCAAGUGCCAGAUUCCUUUGGCAGAGGGCCUAUGCAGAAGACUCGUCCUCUGUAAAACACAAUCCAAGGACAGAGCCAAGCGAGAAGGUGAAGCACGAGGAGGAGGAGGAGGAGAGCAGCGGCAGUGAGGGUAGAAAGGCUGUUGCAUCGGGCGACGAGGAGGCUCAGCCGGAAGGGAAGAAGAAGAAGCGUUCUGGGUUCAGGGACCGUAAGGUGAUGGAAUACGAGAACAGGAUCAGAGCCUACUCCACGCCGGACAAAAUCUUCAGAUACUUCGCCACUUUGAAAGUAAUAAACGAGCAUGGUGAAUCAGAGGUUUUUAUGACACCGCAGGAUUUCGUGAGAUCAAUAACACCUAAUGAAAAACAGCCAGAAAACCUGGGCCUGGAUCAGUUUAUAGUGAAACGCUAUGAUGGGAAGACAGAGAAAUUGUCCCAGGAGCGAGAGAAGUUUGCCGACGAAGACAGCAUAUUUUAUGCGCUUGGAGAAUGUGGACUCAUUUCUUUUUCCGACUACAUCUUCCUCACAACAGUCCUUUCCACUCCCCAGAGGAAUUUCGAAAUCGCCUUUAAGAUGUUUGAUCUGAACGGUGACGGCGAGGUGGACAUGGAAGAGUUUGAGCAGGUCCAGAGCAUCAUUCGCUCCCAAACCAGCAUGGGCAUGCGCCACAGAGACCGGUCUACAACGGGGAACACCCUGAAAACUGGUUUCAACUCUGCGCUGACAACGUACUUCUUUGGGGCAGAUCUGAAGGGGAAGCUGACCAUCUCCCACUUCCUCGACUUCCAGCGCAAACUGCAGCAUGAUAUUCUGAAGCUCGAGUUUGAGCGGCACGACCCGGUGGAGGGGCGGAUCACAGAGCGGCAGUUCGGCAGCAUGCUCCUGGCCUACAGCGGGGUGCAAUCCAAGAAGCUCACUGUCAUGCUGAAGCAGCUCAAGAAGCACUUCCAAGACGGAGAGGGGCUGACGUUUGAGGAGGUGGAGAGCUUCUUCACUUUUCUGAAGAACAUAAAUGACGUGGACACAGCUUUGAGCUUCUACCACAUGGCUGGAGCUUCGCUUGAUAAAGUGACGAUGCAGCAAGUGGCCAGGACGGUGGCCAAGGUGGAGCUCUCCGACCACGUCUGCGAUGUGGUGUUCGCGCUCUUCGACUGCGACGGGAACGGCGAGCUGAGCAACAAGGAGUUUGUCGCCAUCAUGAAGCAGCGCCUUAUGAGAGGCUUGGAGAAGCCCAAGGACAUGGGCUUCACGCGACUCAUGCGGGCGAUGUGGAAAUGCGCCCAGGAGACGGCGUGGGACUUCACCAUGCCCAAGCAGUAGCGGGGCCGGGGGGGAGCGCCCGGAUUCCCUGCCUCGGCCCUGCCACAGCUCCUGCGGGGUGGCACCAGGCUCUGGCGAGCCCAGGCUGUUCGCUACAGGAGAUUUUUGUAAAUCAAAGUUAGAAAUCAAAGCCUGUUGUACGUGCAGCUGCUGCUUGACGCUGGCCCCUUACUGUUCCUCUCUCUCAGGAAAAAGAAAAGGAUUUUUCUUGGUGCCGCCAACCUCUGCUUUG